AGCCGCUACUGUAGCGGAAGUGACGUUCCCGUCUCCGCUGGCCAACGUAAACAAUCAUGGCGGACUGUGAAGCGGAGCGUCCCGUGUACCUAGUUAUCGGGAACAUUCCCGCGGCCUUCCACUCGGCGGACCUGAGGAACUUCUUCAGCCAGUUCAUAGAGAGCGGCGGCUUCCUCUGCUUCCACUACCGACACCGACCCGAGGUCCGGAGACAACCCGAGGGCUCCGCCGAACCCCCGCUGGGCGAAGACGGACGGGCCGCCGGCCCCGCUUCCCCGGCGGAACCCGGCGACUCGGCGCGGGCCAGCUGCGCGUUGAAGACGGCGGGGAAGACGUGCUGCUGCGUGGUCUCGGUCCACGCUGAGCACGCCGACAGGUUCGUCCGGAUGUACGCGGGGAACCACUGGGUGGACUCGAAGGGCAGCUGGCUGGCCCGACGCUGCGUCAUCAGGAGAAUAAGGGUCUCGCGUGACGAAGAUGAAGGCUCCUUCCCUUACAAAACCAAGCAGGAGCAGCGGCACCGCGUCUCCCUCACUGAGCACUUCACCCAGGCCGACCUGCACAGCCUGCCGGAGCUCAACCCGCCCGCUCUCAUGCAGAGCGGCAACGUGGGCACGCCCAUCAAAGUCUUCCUCCAGCUCAUCCAGUCCUGUCGCCUGCCUCCGCGCCUCAUCCGGAAGCUGGGCCUCACUUUCCCCAAGACCGGCUCCUGCCGUCGCUACGGAAACGUACCCUUCCAGUACCGCAACACGCGCGUCCUUCCUGCCACAGAGGAGACCGUGUUAACAGCCGCCGGGCACGAGAUCUCAGGGCCGGGCUCCUUCGCCGCUCCUACCCUAUGGCCGAGGCCGCCGGCUGCUGAUGCCCCCGCGGCGGAGGCUGGCGAUGCGCAGAGCGACGCGGAACGGGAGGAUGUGCAGUCAGAGGCGGACGACGACGACGACUGGUGUGAAGAGUGGGAACGCCACGAGGCGCUGCACGAUGACGUGACGAGCCAGGAGCGAAGCAAGGAGAGGCUAUAUGAGGAGGAGAUCGAGCUGAAGUGGGAAAAAGGAGGUUCUGGUCUGGUUUUCUACACCGACGCUCAGUACUGGCAGGAGGAAGAGGGAGAUUUUGAUGAGCAAACGGCAGACGACUGGGAUGUUGACAUGAGCGUUUACUACGAUAAAGAUGGAGGCGACAUGGACGCUCGCGACUACAUAAAAAUGCGCCUUGAAAAGAGGCUGAGGGAUGGCACUGAAGACGCAUCAGGCCACAAUCAGGCUAUCGGCAGCUUUGAGAGGUUCACUAAAGGCUUUGGCCGACGCGUGAUGGAGAAGCAGGGCUGGAGGGACGGCGAAGGGCUGGGAAGCAGCCAGGUUGGGAUUCCUGAAGCGCUGGAGAACGACGGCCAACAUCCACGCUGCAAAAGAGGCUUUGGGUAUCAUGGAGAAAGGCUGGUGCUACAUCCUGUAAAGAAGGCCAGAACAGAUUUUCUUAUCAGCACCGUGUACGAUAAACCCAAAGACAUAGAUAAAGGUGACACCUUACUGAGACGCCAACCCAGCACCAGCAUGAAGUACAGAGGCUGGCAGCCAGGUGGCAGCAUUGGACCAAAAAGAUGACAUCCUGCUCCAUCCGCAAAACAUCUACCUCCGUUUUAUUUAUUGAAUUUUGGUAUUAAAACUUUUGAAAUCAUUUAA